CGAGAGAAUGGGUGGCUGUAUGCACAGUACCCAGGACAAAGCUCUCCACUUGGAAGGGGAUCCCAAUCCUUCUGCAGCCCCAACAUCCACCUGCGCACCUAGGAAAAUGCCCAAAAGCAUUCCAGUAUCCAAACAACUGGCUUCAGCGAAAGCUCUGAGGAAGUGCUCAGAUCUGGAAAAAGCUAUUGCCACCACUGCUCUGAUUUUCAGAAAUUCUUCUGACUCUGAUGGUAAACUUGAAAAAGCUACUGCCAAAGAUCUGCUGCAAACCCAGUUUAGGAAUUUCGCAGAGCUCCCCUUCACCUUCUACCAUGAGUGGAAGCAGUCUGAGGUCCUCACCAGAUGCAGAUGCCUGAUCUUGAACUUUCCAGCCAUCAGAAUUGGACAAGAAACCAAGCCAAAAUACAGAGAGAUCCUUUCUGAACUUGAUGAGCACACAGAAAAUAAGCUAGAUUUUGAAGACUUCAUGAUCUUGCUCUUAAGCAUCACUGUCAUGUCAGAUCUGCUACAAAAUAUAUGGAAUGUAAACAUUAUGAAAUAAACAGUUUUAAACAUGCUGUAUAAAAUAAUGGCAAAAGGCAGAGUUAUUAAAACGUUUCCAACUUAUUUUUGAUUAAUUGAUUAUAUCUAUCAUGCAUCUUGAAUAGCCUAGGAUGGUUCUGAUUGCUGGUAUUCAGAUCCAAUGUAACUCCAAAUAUUUACCCAUACACUUCAGGAAUGUUUGAAUGAUAAGGUAUCUGUGUACUUUACAAUAUGAUAGAUUUGAUAUCACUGAAUAAUAAAUUGCUUUUGCUGAGUCAGUAGUGACUUAGAGCACUCUA